UUAAGGAAAACGAGGAAAUGUAGAGACUAGUUUUUUAUUACACGAAUGCUGAUAUAACCAACCAACCUCUUUCCUCUCUCCUCUUGUUUUUUGGAGUUAGGUUAGGUCAUUCAACUCUAAACGUGAAUUUCAUUCUUUCACAUCGAUAUUAAUCGCUUUCUUUCGAAUUCAAUUCGUAAAAAGACGAUGUUUUUGUUGGAUUGGUUUUAUGGGGUUCUAGCAUCUCUUGGUCUGUGGCAGAAAGAGGCUAAGAUCUUAUUCUUAGGUCUCGAUAACGCCGGCAAAACCACCUUGCUUCAUAUGCUCAAAGACGAGAGAUUAGUUCAGCAUCAGCCAACACAAUAUCCAACAUCAGAGGAGUUAAGUAUUGGGAAGAUCAAGUUUAAAGCUUUUGAUCUCGGGGGUCAUCAGAUUGCUCGUAGAGUCUGGAAAGAUUACUAUGCUCAGGUAGAUGCAGUGGUCUACUUGGUUGAUGCUUAUGACAAGGAAAGAUUUGCCGAGUCAAAAAAGGAGCUGGACGCCCUCCUCUCUGAUGAAUCAUUGGCAAAUGUCCCUUUCCUUGUUCUUGGAAACAAAAUAGAUAUUCCAUAUGCUGCCUCUGAAGAAGAGUUGCGUUACCAUUUGGGUCUGAGUAACUUCACCACUGGCAAGGGUAAGGUAAACUUGUCAGACUCAAAUGUCCGUCCCAUGGAGGUAUUCAUGUGCAGUAUUGUGAAGAAAAUGGGUUAUGGUGAUGGUUUCAAAUGGGUUUCUCAAUACAUCAAAUAGUCCUUUUGUAAGAGAUGACUUGGUAUCUCGUUUCUAUAAGUAUGUUUGUUUCUGUAGUUAUGAAUUGGAGGUGUUGUUGGCAUGAAAUUGCAGAAUAUUUCAAUUUUUAUUUAUAUAAAAUGACUGGGAACCUACUCUCCAUGUGCUGAGCAAAUUUCAGUUGAUUUUUGGUUGAAGAA